AGAGAACCCGAGGAGGAAGUCGCACCACAAACAGGUAGACAGAAAUAAUACAGACGGUAGCUGCCGUGUGAAAUUACUGUCGAGUGAGGGCUAUCAUGUCUGUAGAUGGGACCAGGUUACUGUUCGAAGGCUUCCUGCAGAAAAGAAAGGACUCUAUCGUAAGUUGUUGCAUUUUAUGAUAUUUAAUGUGCUUAUAUGAAACCUCAAUUUUUGAAGAUCAUUUUGAAACGUUUCCUUAGAAAAUGCUAUGGGCCACGUACUGGUUCAGGCUUCAAAAUACAACCUUGUUCUUCUACACCAAGAAGAAUGGCAGUGCUUCACACUUGCGAAGCUAUUACUACAUUUACACAGUGCAGUCGGUGCGAGAGGUGCAGAGAGCGGACAGCAGCCGCUUCAUGUUCGAGAUCGUCAUGAAAAACGGAAAAAAGAAAAUGUUGGCAGCAGAGACAGCAGAUCUCAGACAGCAGUGGGUAGAACAGCUGUGGAAGUCCAUGCAUCUCUCCGGCUGUCGGAUCUCAGAUGUCUCACCCAGACACUUUGAAGGGCGCGAGCAGCGAGACGGACUGACCAGCACGAUGAGGUCCCAGCCCGUUCGGCCCCUCUCAGCCCCGACUCCUUCCACCCAGAGCCCCCGUGAAACCAGGAGUGUGGCCCUCGCCGUCCGCCUGCCUCAGGAGCCGAACAGCGAGGAGGCCGUGUACGAGAACUUCCCGUCAGCCUGCAAAUACCAGCAACUAACUGGUGGCGGUCUCAACGUCCCUCAGAGGUCCAGUGGGUUGAGCAGUGCACAGGGGAGACCAGAGGGAGACUAUGAUGUUUUACCACUUCGAAUCAAGAAAUGUGAGAUCGGCUUUUCCACACAGAAGAGCGAGGUCGUGUAUGACACGCCUCUGUCUUAUAGGCCUGCUGGAUACCAAGACCCAGCAGAGAGCAUCUACGACGUACCCAGCGCAAUACUGCGGGUGAGGCCUGCUCAAGCAACAGAGAGCGAGCAGGAGGAGGGGGUCUACUGGAGGAUAUGAUGUGCGGUUUCCAGAUGACCAGUUUCGGAGCAAUUCUUUGCACAGGAGUCUGUUAAUAUCUUAAUCGUUUGAGUUUCAGGUUCAAGCUAAACAGUUUAUACAACUCUCACAGGUAGAGAUACUGUUUGUCACCUUUUUUCUAAAUGAGACAACGUGCACAACACAACAGAGAGGUUGCACUGUGGU